AUGUUAUUGGAAGAUGAGGAAUUAACAUACCAAUCACUAUUGGUUUCAACUGAAUCAGAUGAUGAAGGUGAUACAAACAAUCUUUUAAGUAUUGGUAGUGGGGGUGAAAAAACAGCUGUUGAAUUGGAUUCAAUAUUUUCAUUAAGUCCACAAUCAGCAACAUCACCACCAUUAUCACCACCAUCACCAAAUCCAACAAGAACUAAACCAGCUGUACCACCACGUUCAUUUAAUUCACUAGAUGAGAAUGAAACCUUAACAUUUAAAAAAGAACCAAUUCUACCAAAAUCAUCAAAUGAAUCAUUGUUAGGUUCAGUACCAAAUGAACAAAAAAAUGAUAAAUCACCUUUAAAAUCAACUGAACCAACAACAAUAUCAACUGUACAACAACCAAUUGUUCAACAACAACCAAUUGUUCAACAACAACCAAUUGUUCAACAACAAUUACAACAACAACAACAACAACAACUGCAACAGCAAGAAGUUAUGGAACCACAACAUUGGUCAAAUUAUUUAUCAAUGAAACCAUUAAAACAAACCUUAAAUGAAAUACCAAUUCAAGUUCAAGUUAAAGAUAAUUAUUUUAUAAUGGGAUGUAAUAAAAAUUUUACAUCAAGUGAAUUUAAAUCAUAUUUAGUAUCAAAUUUAGAGAGUAUGAUUCAAGCGAUUAAAGUUGGUACAUUUGCAACCAAUGAUAUAUCAUCUGAAACCAUUGCAUUUAAAAAGAAUGCUGUAAUUUGUGAUUUAUUCACAGAUAGUAUUCAACAAAGACCAACAUCAAUACCGAGUUUAAUUGUAUUAAAACCUGGUAUGCAAGAUUUAUUCAAAGGUAAUAGUCGUGCAUUUAUUGGUUCACCAAUUGUAAAUAGUAAUAAUAAUGUUAAUAAUAAUAUAAAUAAUAGUAAUAGUAAUAGUAAUAAUAAUAAUAUAAAUAAUAGUUUAGAUGGUUUUAAAUUAUCAACAUCACUACAAACACCAUCAGUAAAUUUAAGUUUAUUACAUAAUAAUAUUCAAAAUUUAAUAUCAAAUAAUGGUAAUAGUGGUCCUAGUAGUAUUAAUAGUAGUUGUAGUAGUAGUAGUAGUAACAAUGGUAAUACGACAAAUUAUAGUAGUAGUAUUGGUAAUGAAUAUAAACAACCAAUAUCAGGAUCAUUGAUAUUUAAUAAUAAUAAAACAUUGGGUAGAAAUGCAAACUUUUCAUUAGGAGAACAAAGAGAUAAUAAUGCAAAAUUAAGACAACAGAAAAAGAAAUUAACUGCCAUUCAAAUUAGUUCAUUAUUAGGUGAACCAUUGAAUUGGAGUAAUACAGAGAAUGAAAUUAAAUACUUUAGAAAUUUAGCAGAACAAAUCUUUGAUUUUCAAACAUUGGAUGAAAGAGAUCGUGUUAAAAUUACAAUUGCACCUGUAACCAAUGCUCAUCCAGAUCCAUUAUUACCAAGUACUUUUAGAGUUAGGUUUUAUUUACCACCAGAUAAUCAUUCAACUACAAUCAAUGUAAUGUCUUCUGAUACAGUUACAAAUUUAAUUGAAAAGGUUAUAGCCAAACAUAAUAACAGUACAAAAUUAAUUUCAUCUGAUCAUACACCUUCUGAUUAUGUAAUUCGUAUCACUGGUACAUCUGAUCAUGUUUUAAAAACUGAUGAAUUGGUUACAAAUUUAAUUGUAGUUAGAAAUCGUUUACAACGUAAAAAAGAUAUUAAAUUUAGCUUGGUACAUAAAACUUCAUUACCAAAAAUUUAUAUUGAUGGUCAUUCACCUGAAAUUUGUACAUUAAAAAACAAUAAUAAUAAUAAUAAUAUAAAUAAUAAUAAUAAUAAUAAUAAUAAUAAUAAUAAUAAUAUAAAUAAUAAUAAUAGUGAAAAUGGUAAUAUUCAACAACCAUAUGGUAGUCCAAUUAAUAUUUUACAAUUCCCAAUUUCACCAAGAUCAGAAAACAAUGUAAAUAGUAAUAAUAAUAAUAAUUAUAAUAAUUAUAAUAAUAAUAAUAAUUCAAAUAAAGGUAAUAAUUCAAAUAGAUCAAUUUUAUUAUAUGAAAUUAAUAGACCAUUUGAAAUUAGAAUAAUUUGUUUAGAGAAUUUAGUUUUACCAUUAUUCCAAAAAUAUUUGGGAAGCGAAUGUAAUAAUUUUAAUGAUGUAAAAUUAACAAUUAUGGUAGAAUUGUGUCAUGGUGAAGAUGUUUUAACAGAGCCAAUGGAGACAGUGAUAAAGUUAGGAUCAAAUCCAUUAUGGUGUGAAUGGUUAAGAAGUGCAUUAUUGAUGAGUAAUAUACCAAGAGCAUCAAAGUUAUGUUUUACAGCUUAUGCUCAACAAGGUGAUAAACAACAAGCCAAAGUAUCCAUUGGAUGGGCAGAUUUACAAUUGAUCGAUUAUCAUAGUCAACUUUUGAGUGGAGUGAUCUCAUUAAUCCUAUGGCCUGGAGCACGUACAGAUAUACCCGAUUUUAAUGUUCCCUCACCAUCAUUGGUCAUUGAAUUCUGUCAAUUCCCAUUCCCAGUGGUAUUCCCAAAACCAGAGAUGAUGGAACGUACAGAAAUUAGAGAUUACGUAGAGUCUCGUAAAGAAGAUACAGAAAGAUUGGAAGAAUUGAUUCGCAAAGAUAGUUUAUACGUUUUGACAGAGACUGAUAAGAAAUUCAUUUGGUUAUAUAGAAUGCAUUUACAAAAGAUACCCUCUUCUUUACCAAAGGUAUUACAAUCAUUAAAUUGGAAUAAUCCACAAGAAGUAAAGGAAGCUCAUCGUUUACUUUCAAUUUGGUCAACUCUAUCACCAUUGGAAGCAUUGGAAUUAUUGGAUAGUAAAUUCGCAGAUGAAUUGGUUAGAGAGUAUGCUGUAAAUUGUUUACAUUCAUUGGCCGAUAGUGAAUUGGCUCUUUAUCUAUUACAAUUGGUUCAAUCAUUAAAACAUGAACCCUAUCAUAAUAGUGCACUAUGUAGAUUCUUAAUUCGUCGUGCUUUAAAUAAUCGUGCUGUCAUUGGACAUCCAUUCUUUUGGCAUCUUGAAGCUGAAAUGCAUAAUCCAAAGAUCUCUGAACGUUAUUCAUUGGUUUUGGAAACUUUUUUAAAAGGUUGUGGUAAUCAACGUCAUGAAUUUGUAAAACAAAUGGAAGUGGUCACAAAAUUACAAACAAUUGCAAAACUCGUCAAAGAAGCAUCACCAAAUAAAAGAAAGAACCUUUUACAUGAAGAGUUAAAUAAAAUGAGUUGGCCAAAUACUUUUCAUUUACCAAUUUCACCAUCAACUGAAACCUGUGGUGUCAUAGUUAGUGAAUGUCGUUGGUUGGAUUCUUUCACUGUACCUUUGUAUUUGGUUUUCCAAAAUGUUGACCCCGUUGGUGAACCAAUAGCAGUAAUCUUUAAGAAUGGUGAUGAUUUACGUCAAGAUAUUCUUACACUUCAAAUGAUCUCUGUUAUGGAUAAUAUUUGGAAACAAAAUGGUCUCGAUCUUCAUCUUUCAAUCUAUAACGUUACCGCUAUCAAUGAAGAUACUGGUUUCAUUGAAGUUGUUCCAGAUUCUGAUACAACUGCAAAUAUUCAAAAAGCUGCUGGUGGUGUCACUGCUGCUUUCACUAAAACUCCACUUUCAAAUUGGUUAAGAGAAAGAAAUCAAUCUGACCCCGACUAUGAAUAUGCAGUUGGUAAUUUCACUCACUCUUUAGCUGGUUAUUGUGUUGCAACUUUUAUUUUAGGUAUAUCUGAUAGACAUAAUGAUAAUAUUAUGGUUUCAAAAUCUGGUCAUUUAUUCCAUAUUGAUUUUGCACAUUUCCUUGGAAAUAUUAUGAAAUUCCAUGGUUACAAGAGAGAAAAAGCACCAUUUGUAUUAACACCAGAAUUUGCUCAUGUAAUGGGUGGAGAAAAGAGUUUAUCAUUUAAAUUCUUCUCUGAUUUAUGUUGUUUAUCUUAUAAAUUUUUAAGAAAUCAUAGAAAUCUAUUUAUUAAUCUUUUUAGUUUGAUGAUUUCAACAGGUAUACCAGAGUUAUCAACAAAAGCAGAUAUUUCAUAUUUGAAAGAAGCCUUUUUAUUAGAUGUGUCAGAUGAAGAAGCUGGUGCAUCUUUUGAAAGAUUAAUUCAAAAGAGUUUAAAAACAAAAACUACUCAAGUUAUGUUUGCAAUGCAUAUUUUAGCUCAUUCAGGAACAAGUUCUGAUGAUUAA